AUGGACGAGAUUGUGCGACGGAUCGAUGCGUGUGAUACCCUGGAUCGCACCGUCGUCGCUGCGCUUAUUGCGCACACAGAGAGCAGCGCGAUGGUAAAACAGCUCUCGCUGUACACGAGCGCACUCGCGGGUGCGAGCGCUGCAGGCAUCACUUGGCUUGUGCCGCGCGCGGACGAUGCGCGCGGGGAUCCAGUGCGUGCGCGUGCUGCGAAGCAAGUUGCCAACGCAGUCUUGCACGCGCUCAAUGGCAUGCUCGCGACCAAUCCACGCGCCAAGCACCGCGCGCCGAGCCUCGAUCCACUUCUUGUGAUGCUCGAUGCCUUCCGGAUUGCCAUGGGUAUUUUGUACCAGGAACAAUGCGACGUUGUGCAGGUGGCGCCGGUCGUCGUGUCUGUGGUGCGAAAACUGCACGCGCUGGGCAAGUACACCGAAGCACUCACAGAACUUGCGGCACUUGCGCCGCUCUUGUCGGGAGGCGCCCCAAAAGGCGCGCCGGCAUCGGUGCGUGCGCCGCCAAGCGCGAUGGAGCGCAUGGACGCCGCGCUGUGUUUCGCCGGCGCGACGCGUGCGCCUUCUGUCCUGCUCGACAUCACGCUCGAUACACAGGCCAUGGCCGUGCAAUGUGCACUUUCCAUGGCACAGGCGGAUGAUCUACCGCACAUUGCGCAGCUAUGGAGCAUGCCUAACGCGCUACAGGCGUGGUACAGCGCGGCGCGCGACGCAGGGCAUGUACAGACAGCGGACCGUGUUGCGUACGCGGUAGAACGCGCAAUCACGCAGUACCUAGCGCCGCUUCCGAGCAGUGCAGCCGCGUUUCGUGUACGCAUGGAUACACUUGAGCGCCUUGCGUGCGUCGCGGGCCUGGAGAGCGAGGCGUUUUGGGAUAGGGUAGGCCGGGUGUGUGCGAGCGCAAAAAUCGACAUCGAUGUGCUGCAUGCACGCCUUGCAGCGAUGCUGCACACCGCUCCUAGCGCGCUGCACUCGGGCGAGGCGUUUGCGCACAUGCUGCGGUGGUGGGCGCGGUGCACGGAGAAAGCAGCGCGGCCGGAUCUUGUGCUGCCGAACAUGGGGCGCAGCGCGGCGGAUGCGGGGCCAAGCGCCUCGGCGCGCUCGUUUGACAACGCUGCAUUCCUGCUCCUGGUGCGCACGGCCCACGACGCCCUCGUGAAAGGCCAUGCGCACCACGCGGCCCUUGCUGCCGUUGCCGAGGCGCUGCGUGCCGACGAGGCACCGCGAGCCGACGUACUGGGCGCACUGCAGGCAUUGCUGCACGACGCGGUGCGUGCGCUCCCGCACGAGGAAACGGCAGCUCCCUUCUUUUGUGCGUGCGUCGCUGCGGCCGAGCACAGUGCUUCACCGGGCGCUUUGUGCGCCGAGGCGGUGCUUGCGCUUCGCGUACUCAGUACCCAUACAUUCUCCACUGCAUCGCCCUGUGCACAAGAUACGUGCCUUGCGUACAUGGCGCGCGCUGUGGCGCUCUCCAAGCGCACGCAUGCGCAGGCAACGCUGCUGGUGUACGUCUCCGACAUGGCCUUUCACUAUGCAAGCAAGUUGUACGCGGCAAAGAUGUAUGCACCCGCCGCGCACUUUGCCGAAGUGGCAUGCUCCGCGAGCGAACAAGACGCCGCAGCGACGGCGCUCGAUGCCAACCUUGCAAAAAAGUAUCACGUCCUGGGCUCGGCGCGCCAGCACCUUUUGCAGUACGCGCCGUCGCUCGACGCAUACUGGCACGCCAUCGCUGCACAGCCCACGCUCCUCGCGCAAGCAGGCGAAUGGGCCAGCCGCAUGCCCAUUUAUGCCAUCUUUUCCAAGGAGCCUUUUGCGCUGCUGGCCUCAAGCGUACGCGCAGCACUUGCGCUAAGCGCAUUUUCCCUCCUCCACGCGCAGGAUGCAGCUGCGCCCCACAGCCUUGCACGCCGCGUCUCGGCGCUCCAUCUCGACGCACAAAGCGCGGGCGCUGUGCUUGAGUACGCCGCCAUGUCGCUCGUGCCGAUGCUUGCACGCGACGACGCGCCCAAAGCAUACCACGCCGUACUGUGUGCCGCGCUGGCAUGCUACUCGCCGUCCCAGUUUCCUCUGCGCCACGCGCGUGUGCUUCUCCAGAUGCACCUGUAUGAUACCCUGCAGCGCACGCCGGCUACAGCGAGCGCUGGCCUUGGCGCGCUUUUUGCCGCGCCGCCAGCGCACGACGCGGCGCUCGAAGAAAAAGAAGCGCUUGUGUGCACAUACCACUUGCAGUGUGCACUGCAGCACCUUGCGCAAGGCGCGCAUGCCGACGCUGCUGCUGCUGUGCAGCGCGCAUGUGCCUCUACGCCCGGCCAUCUCGUGAAGGCGCACGAGAAAAAAGCGCAGUGCAUUUCGCGCCCCAAGCGCGAAACGCCGCCCCACCGCGAAACGCGCCCGCUGGAAGCGCGUAGCGAAGCGCCGCUGCUCGGCCUGCUGUGUGCGGUGGCCGACGCGAUGCUCGACGCGGCGCAGUGCGCGCCUGCGCUCGAAGCGCUCUACACGCUCGCGCGGCUCGCUCCCCCCCACGAUGCAAUGCACGCCAGCGCCUUGUGCCGCAUCUCCGAGACGUGGCUUGCGCUGGAGAAUGAGGCGUGUGCCUUGCAUACGAUCAGCUCCGUCCCGACACCGGCCGAUCCCAUCGUCACCGCGCACACGGAGCUGUGCGCUGCUGCCGCGCACAUUGCGCUCGCCCACGACGACGAUGCAUGCGCCUUGUACCGCCGCGCGGUGGACCAGCUCCAGGAAGCGUUGCCCGUACACGCCUCUGACCGCGUACUGGGCAAAGGCGAGCGCCUCGAGCUGCAGGCGCGCGCGGCCGACGUAUACGCCGCGAUCCAAAUGCACCGCGGCCACGCAGCCGCGGCGCUGCGCGCUGCGCUGAGCGCACUGCGCCUGCGCCUGCGCUGCGCUAUGAUGCUUGCCAAAGCAGCAGGUAGUGCGGCCGCGCACGAUGUGUUUAGCGACGGCGCCCGCGUGUCGCUAGCCCUGCCUUGCGUGCCGGCGCCGGCGCCGUCGCUGGCCAUCGCUGCACUGCAGUGGCGCUGCACGCGCGCCAUUUUUCGCAGCUACGUCGCAGUGAGCCGCAUGUACGCGCGGCGCGGCGCGAUUCGCGAUGCGCUUGCGUUUGCGCAAGAAAGUAUCGACUUUGCCGCGGAGCGUGCGUACGCGUGCGAAGCGCUGCUUUGGAUGGCCUCGCUGCGCGCGGCAAGCGGCGAGCGCGACGCGGCGCUUGCGUCGUACCACGCUGCGCAUGUGCGCCGCACGCUGGACGAUGCAGCGUACGCGGCAUUCGUCGGCGCCGAGCUCGAAGCGGUGCCGCUGGACGAGGCGCACGCGGCGUGGGAAGCAUGCCAGCGUCCGUAUGCGCAGUGGAAUGCCACACACACACCGGUACUGCAAAGCAUGCGCAGCAGCAUUGCGUGCGCUUCUGCACGCACGCUCGGCGCAUCCCAUGGCAUGGAAGCACUGCGCGGCGUGCAGGGCAUGGAGGCGUCGAUCGUGCGCGCGCAGCUUGCCUUGCACGAGGCGGAAAUUGCGAUGAAAGGCGACCCUGUCUGGGCGGCACUCCCCGAGAUCGCGUACGCAUUUCCCGGCGUACAGCGCCCAGCGCUCUCACGCACGCAGACGCAGUGUGUGCGCAAAGCAGCGCCGCUGCUUUGUGCGGCUCUCGACGACAUCCGCGCGGCACUGGCGUCCAGCGCGGUCGGCGAUGUGCGCCAUGUGCGCGCGGCGCUCGAGACUGCCGCGCGCAUCCGCACGAUGCAGAGCAUUGCACCUACGCGGCAAGUGCCCAGCGAUGCGGCCGCACAGGCGUGUGCCAUGCUCGACGCUGCCGUAUCGGUGGCUGUGCGCCGCGCGUGUGUCGAUGCGGCGGCGCGGCGCGCCCUCGGCGCAAGCGCCGACUGGUUUGCGCUCGCCGCGAGCGAUUCGGAAGCGGCGCCGCGCGACGCGCUCGCGGCGAGCCUUGCGCACGACGCUGCGCUUGCGUUUCCGCAGCCCCCCCUUGUCCCGACCUGGGCAGCGCUUACCAUUGCCCUUUCGCCGGACAAGCGCGAGCUCCUUGUUGCGCGCGUGGGCGAGGGCGCGUCGCCGAGCUUGUUUGUGCUUCCGAUGGACCGCCAGAGUGUGCGCGACGGCGACGAGACGCACUUGAGCCUCGAGGCGGUGCUGGCGGCGCUGCACGCGAUUGUGGAUGCGUCGAACGCCAGCGUGCAGCUCGCGAAAGACGUCGGCGAUAUGGACGCGCGCAAAGCAUGGUGGACCAAGCGGCGUGCGCUUGAUGCCGAGCUCGGUGCGCUGCUUGCUGCCGUGCAGGAUACAUGGCUCGGUGCAUUCCAAGGGCUUUUCUGCGCGCACGAUACGCCGCUCGGCAUGCUGCGCACCGACGUGGAGCGCAUUUUGCGCCGCGUAUGUUUUCCCGCCAAGCGCAACGAGCGGCGCGUGAUUCCUCCGAUACCUGACACGGCGCUUGCGUGCCUUGCUGCGCUGCCGCCGGAUGUGCCGCCGCACAUUUUGGAAGACUGGGCGCACUACAGCAUGGACGCGUUUCAGCUCGCCGGCGUGACGCUCGCGCAGGACGAGGUCGAUCUCGAUGUGCUCUGUGUGGAUUUGCGCCGCGCGCUGGAAGAGCACCACGGACGUGCGCAGAAGCGCAGCGCAGCUGCACAGCACCACCUUUUUCUCAUCCUCGAUCGCAGCCUGUGCGCGAUUCCGUGGGAGUCGCUGCCGGUGCUGCGCCACCGCGCGGUGAGCCGCAUCCCAACGCUCGCCAUGCUUUACACACACCUCGCGCAGCGCGGCGACGCGCCGCACUUGCGACUCGAUCCGCGAAACACGGGCCACUUGCUGAAUCCCAGCGCGGAUCUCACACGCAGCGAGGCGCGCUUUGCGCCGAUGCUCGCGCGCGAGGCAUGGCACGGCAUUGUCGCGCGCGCGCCGGUCCUCGACGAGAUGGCCACACUGCUUACACGCCACGACACGUUCCUGUACUUUGGGCACUCAGGCGCCGAGGCAUACAUGCCCGCGACGCGCCUUUCCAACCUGCCGCAAUGCGCCGUGUCGAUGCUGUGGGGCUGCUCGAGCGGCGCUCUGCGUCUGCACGGCACGUACGAGCCGAGCGGCACGCCGUACGACUACCUCGUCGCGCGCGCUCCUGCGCUGCUCGUGUCUUUGUGGGAUACGACGGACCGCGAGCUGGACGGCAUCUGCGAGGCGGUGCUGCGGCGCGUCGGGCUUGUUGAGCCGAGCGCGCAGCGCACAUGCCUGUCCACGGCGGUUGCAAGCGCACGCGAUGCAUGCAAGCUGCCGUACCUGACAGGCGCAGCGUGCGUCGUAUACGGCGUGCCGGUCGUGUGGGAGAUGUAG